AUGUCAGCAUCAGCAUUUAAUUUUGCCUUCAGAAGAUUUUGGAAUAGCGAAACGGGGCCCAGGACUGUCCACUUUUGGGCACCCACAUUGAAGUGGGGAUUAGUAUUCGCGGGGCUGAACGAUAUUAAAAGGCCCGUGGAAAAAGUAUCUGGCGCACAAAAUUUAUCUUUAUUAGCGACUGCAUUAAUAUGGACACGUUGGUCGUUUGUCAUCAAGCCCAAAAAUUACCUGUUAGCCUCAGUGAAUUUCUUCCUGGGCUGCACCGCUGGGUACCAUCUAACGAGGAUUGCUAAUUUCAGGAUACGGAACGGGGACUCGUUCAAACAGGUUAUUCACUAUAUAGUAAAAGGGGAGACUCCAGCGGCUGUUGCAGCGAAACAAUCAGCAUCAGCAUCGAUGAAUAAAGGUGUGGUUGGUGCUAAUCCAUCAAUAACGCACUAA